AUGCCGCGCGCGAGAUCGUCAAACGCGGGAGAUCGCGUGAAAGACGAUGUUCGAUCGCUCGAGGAUUUAAAGCGACGACGAGAUGAAUUAGUAACCGCUCGAGCGACGCUGGUGGAAAAACUAAAAAUUAGGACGUUAGGAUUGUUCGAGUGCGUGUCGCACGCGCCGUGGGCGGAUGUGUUUGCAAAGCGCUUUGAGGACGCGGAUGACGAUGAUGGAGUGAAUUUAGCGAGCACCACGCCGUGCGCGCGAGGACGAUCUUUGUCGAUGAAUGCUGAGCGCGCGGAGGCGGCGCGAGUAGUGUUGGAGCCGACAAUUCCUAUGAGUGAGCCGAGAGUUUUGGACGCGGCGUUGCGGGACGGACAGAGCGUGCCGACUGAGGAGCCCGAGGUCGACGACACGCGUGAACGCGGGGAAACGACUAUCGUACAGUCGUCAUUGGACAUCGGGUGGAUUGAUGACGGUGAGACGGCGACGCUAGAGGCGAUUGGGGUCGAAAGCGCGAGCGAACGAGCGAGCGCUUCGGAGAGAAAACGCAAGGCGUCGGCGGCUCGCGUGGAGAUGACCCCGUUGGGCGUAGUGAGGCAAGACGCGUUCGACGUCGAUGUACCGAACUCGGCGUGCGGUGAAUGGAACGAUGUUCGAGGUCCGACCGCGUUAAGAUUCAGCCUGGGCGCGUGCGCGGCGACACAGAAUGAGACCAUUGCGACGACGAGCGGCCGAGCGACGAAAACGGACGCGAUCACGUUGACGGCACGCGUCGACGACGGUGCACCACGGCGAGUAUUUUUAAGCGACCGUCCACGGUGUGGGCCAUCGUCGGACACCGCGUACGUCGGCGUCGUCGUUGAAUCGGCCGAUGGCGAAGAUAUCGACGCGGUGUCGUUCCGCGUCGCGGACGACGAAGUCGCGUUCGUGGGAUCGUGUCGCUUGCACGCGCGCGAUUAUGGGAAUCGGCGCCUGAGUCGACGACGUUCAUCCGCGUCGCACGACACGUCGUCCGCGUCGUCGUCCAUGAGCUUGGACGGCGUGCGAUGGAGUCCAAAUGGACGUUUCGUCUUUGCGCCGCACGCGACGGAUGGUGCGCGCGUGCUCGCCGUCGAGAAGGCUACCGAGGGUGACGACAAACGUAGGUCCGGUGCGUCGGCGAGUAAGCGCCAAAAAUCGUCGCCGUCGACGACGCCGACUAGACAUUUGAAGUGUGGUUUCAAGGUGACGCGAUGCGCGACGACGCUCGACGAAGAUGGGCGAUUUUUUCUCGCCGUCGCGGGCGAGCCCGGACGAUGCGUCGUCUUCUCGUGGCCACCGAGCGAGUCAGGCGAUCUCGACGAUGUCUUUGUCGACGAUCCAGAUUCUACGGAGGAGAUGCCGAGCGCGAAUUACCGCGGUGUCGCGCCGAAACCGGGCGCGCCGACAAGCCUGCGAUGGAUCGGCGAGCCAAACGACAAUCGUCUCGUCGCCGUCGUGGACGAGGCGUUGGUGUACGUGUGGAACACCCGUGAGAAAACGCGCGAGCGAUCGUCGUACGCGAUCGGUCACGCCAUCAAGGAUCUCGUGCCGGUUUCGAUGGGUCCAGUCGAUCGCGCGAAUGAGGCGCCGUUCGCGGCGCUCGCGCUCGCCAGUCGUAAGCGCGCGUCUCUGGAAACGGAGACCGAGAGUGCGGACGACGCGGGAAUCGUACCAUUCGAAGUCAGCGCCGCACUAGUCCGAGCGCACGGUGUCUCCGUCGGUACGUCGCUCUUCGUCUCGGGCGCGUCCGACGCGCGAUGCGUCGCGUGCGCGUCGCCUCUCGCGUGUCUCGGCACCGACUCCGGCGUCUUCAUCGCCUGGAACGUCCUCACGGGCGUGCGUUUGCACGUCGUGGACGUGAAAACGCUGUUUACAUUUCGAGGAGAAGACGACGUCGCCGUGAGAUCCGUCGCGUGCGAUGCAAAACGUCUCGCGUUUUGCGCCGGCGCCGGCGUCUUCAUCCUUCGACGCGACGUCUGA